AUAUAACUGGGUAGAAGUGAUCCUUCAGAUCUAUUUUUAUCGUAUUUUAUUUACUUUUAUUUACUUAUUAAUUCAUUCUUCCAAUUUCUUUCAGCAGCAGCUCUAAACACCCAUCACAGCUUAAAAAAAGACUAAAUAUAGGCAAUAAAUAACAGUAAUGUCUUACACUAGUAGCCUUCCAGUUACACCCAUUAUUCUUCAACCAUCUUUGUAUAAUUGUGGAUUGAUUGUGUAAUUCUAAACUCUAUUUAAAAUGCCUUGGUAAUUUCUUUAUUGCGAUGAUCAGAAGCAGUGAAAAUUGAAUGAUAAUUGUUUUGAUCCUUGUAGUAGGAUAUAAUUAAUCUUGGGCUUGUUUGGUCAUCAAUGUUGAAUUUUUAGAUAAAUUAUCUAUAUCACCAGGGAUGAGGGAAAUAUCUCCACCCCCCAAAAGCAGAAGUAAUAAGAAUGAUAAUGGUGAUGGGGAAAGAACACUACUGACUAGAUCAAAAAAAGUCAGAAAAGCAGCCCUAGCCAAAAAAUGUUACAAAGAACUCUCAAGUUCAGGGAUGGAGAGUGAAGAGGAAUUUUCUGAAUAUUUGAAUAAGAACACUUCAAAUGAACAUCCAGAACAUAAAAUCACAGCAAAAUCUAGAGCUAUUAAUCAAUCCAAGAUACAACAACAUACAAUUGCCAGUGAGACAGUCGGAGGAAAAUUGAUAAAUCAGCCCAAAAGAUCUACUAAAGCAAAAGAUGACAUGAUAAAAAAACGAAUGGAAUUACCAUCGUCUCCUUUAUCUGGGAGUCCACCUUUCUCUGAGACAAUGAGAUGUUAUGAGAAACCUACAGAAGAAUCUACUGUAGAGAACAUAUCAGUGAGAAGGUCAUCCUUAUCAUCCUAUCUUGAAGAAUUAACACCUGAAAAGGAGAAAUCCUUAGAGAAUAUUAAAGCAGAUUUUACUAUGGAAAAAAUAAAUUCAGAGAGUGAACUAUUGAAGGAUCUUCCUGAAAAGGAAAGAAAACUGGUAUUUGAAACUGAAGAUCUCUCACCUGUGAUAAGUCCACUUUCUUUGUCCAACAUUAGCCCCUUCAAUAGAAAAAAAACAUUUAUGAAUUAUAAAAAUUCAGAAAUCGCUGAGGACAAAAUCUGUGAUGCUGAUGAAGUAGUGAGCAUUACAGGGGACCUUUUAAAUAAAUCACUUCAUACAGAAAUGGAUGAUAUAUCUGAAAAUAUCAUGAACAGUGGAAGAGAGGCUUCUUUACCUCCAUCUCAAUCAACCACACCCUGCAGAAGUAGAGAAGAAUUACAGCAGGAAAAAUAUCUUACCAAUGUACAUGAAUCUGGACCUACAAUACAUCCUACUUUCAAACGACUGUAUCAGGAAGAUACAGAAAAUUAUUCAGAUGAAGAAGAAAUGAGGGAGGAAAGGAAAAUAAAGCUUCUCCCUAGAAAGUUAUUCAAAGCAGAUGAUAGCAGUUAUAGAGUGUCUGAAAGCUUAUCUACUUUUUCUGUCAAUGAGACAUCUCUUUUUGAUGGGGAAAGCUGGGAUACAGAUUGUUCAAAUGUAGAGAUUAUUUGUCAGACGCUUCAUAAAGAAUUUGCUAGGAAAGUACAGAGCCGAUCAAAUAAAAUUGACUGUUUUGCAAAACAGUCACUGAAAACAACUCACCAGCAUAUGAACACAAUGGGAAGAGAAUUAAAUAAGCACAGAUCCAAACAGCUGGGAAAUCUUCAUUCCUGCCUCCUGAAAGAGCUUGAAAGUUUUGAAAGAGAUUCACAAAUAUUGAGAAAUAUAGAAAAAGAUUUUUCAAUUUUUUCAAAGAAGCAUUUGGAAAAGUUUAGCACUUACAACAAGAAUGAGCAGCAGAGACUUCAGAAUCUUAGAACUUCAUUUGAGAAGAGCAUUUACCAUACUGCUGAUCAAGAGGAAAAUAUAUUUCUAUCUCAGGUACAUUUUUUCAAAGAAGAUAUUAAUGGGAUUCAAGAUAAAUUUCUUAAGGAAAUGCAUGAAGAAGAAUUGCUUAAUGUUCGCAAAGGAUUGCAAUCACUCUUUAUGGCAGAAGAUAGAAAGUUGUAAUAUAAUUUAGAAUGUAAAUGCGAAAAAAUGAAAGUGUAUAUAUUUAUACUGCAUUUUAAUGUGAACAGUAAAUUUACCUCUGGGACAUUAUUGGUUAGACAUAAUUAUAAAGAGGAAACAAUUUUCAUGAAAAAAAAAUCAAUUGUUAUUGUAACUUAUUCAAGAUAAGGAUUUUGUUAAUGUUUUUUUUAAUGCCACUAUAAAAGCAAUAUUGGAGAUAUUCCAAAUAGACAAUGGCCACUUAACUACAACUCACAUUCAUAGAACUUAGUCAUAAAUAACUUUAGAUGACUUGGAUCUAAUUUACAAAGGCAAUCUAAAAUGCAAUUUUGUGUAUUCUGAAAAAUUCAGCUUCCUGAUCAGUAACUUAUAAAGUAAACUAUUUUUUGCCAUUAUGUUUGGACAUAAUGUGGGACCAAUGCCCAUUAAAUCCUUCAGAUGUUUUAAUGUUCCUUUUUAUCCUGCACAGUGUCCAGCCACACCAUGUCUUCUUUUGUAGUUUCUGAGGUUGGUCUUUUAAAAUCUCAGAAAUAACUAAUAGGAAGGAGAUAAUUUGAUCUGUUUUUCUCCGGACUAUUGUCCUUGAGA